CGGGCUGCUGCGGGAUCAGAACCAAACCGCUCCUGGGUCAGUGAUCGGUCAUCGAUCAGAGUGAUCGGCUGUAGAGGGAAUGUCCCGGCUGCUGGAGAGCAGGAGGCAGGACAGGAUGAAGGAGAUCAACCUGAAGAACAAGGAGAAGGAGCGCCAGAAGGAGCGCGAGAAGGAGGCGAGGGAGAGGGAGAACAGGUCCAGCAACGGUCACCUGUUCACCUCGCUGACCGUGUCCUCCACCACGCUCUGCUCCUCCUGCAACAGGAGCAUCACUGCCAAGGAGGCGCUCAGCUGCCCGGCUUGUAAUGUCACCAUCCACAACCGUUGCAGAGACAGUCUGGCAAACUGCGCCAAGAUGAAACAGAAACAACAGAAGCUGGCGAUGGUGAGGAACAGCGCUCUGCAGAACGUCGCCAUGCGGACAAAGACUCCGAUGAUGAAGGAGCGCCCCAGCUCGGCCAUCUACCCGUCAGACAGCCUGCGUCAGUCUCUGCUCAGCGGCCGGCGGGUUCGCUCCGGUCUCGGUCUCGCUAAGAGCGUCUCCACCAAUAACCUCUCAGGGUCCACUGAGGACUCAACGAGUCUCAGGAAGAUUCUGUCUCAGUCCACCGAGUCUCUGAACUUCAGGAGCAGAACUCUGUCCAUGGAGUCUCUGACUGAUGAUGUGGUUAACACAGUGGGCUCCACCCCUGCUUUCUCAGGUCAGUGUGCAGAGGACAUGAAGAAGAUUUAUUCAGAGUUCUGCAGUCGACAUCCGAAAGCCGUGAAACUCUACAAAGAAGUUUUUGCUCGAGACAGAAGACUGCAGCAGUUCGUCAGGCGUGUCUGCCGCGGCCCGUUGCUGCGUCGUCAUGGCGUCCAGGAAUGCAUCCUGCUGGUGACCCAGAGAAUCACAAAGUACCCCGUCAUCAUCCAGAGGAUCCUCGACAACACCAAAGGCAGCGAGGAGGAGGCGCAGACAGUGAGCAAGGCGCUGUGCCACCUGAAGAAGCUGCUGAGCUCUGUGGACCAGGAGGUUCUGGAGCUGGACCGGAACAGGCGGCUGCAGGAGGUGCAGGCCCGGCUGGACCCGCGGGCCGAGGCGGAGGUGCGAGGAGGAGGCGCGUUCAGAGGAGGAGAGCUGCUGAGGAGGAAGCUGCUCCACGAGGGGAUGCUCCACUGGAAGGUCCAGGGCUCCCGCAUGAAAGAUGUGAAAGUCCUGCUGAUGUCAGACAUCCUGGUUUUCCUUCAGGAGAAAGAUCAGAAGUUCACCUUCGCAUCACUAGACAAGCCUCCGGUGGUCUCUCUGACUAACCUGCUGGUCAGAGACAUAGCCAAUCAGGAGCGAGGGAUGUACCUGAUCAGUGACUCCUCCCCUCCAGAGAUGUACGAGCUGCACGCUGCGUCUAAAGACGACCGGAGGACCUGGAUGAGCCGCAUCCAGCAGGCUGCUCAGAGCUGUCCGUCCAGAGAUGAUUUUCCUCUCAUAGAGACCGAAGACAAAGCUUUACUGAGAAGACUGAAAGCUGACAUCCAGCAGAAGGACAGGGAGGUGCUGGAGCUCCUGCAGGAGCGAGUCACUCUGUUUUCAGACCUGGUGGAGGCGACAGCUAGAGGAGCAGAAGACGGAGGUCCGGAGCUCAACACCUCCUCCAGGACCUCCUCCUCCUCCUCCUCCUCCUUGCCCAACAGGAACCUAUUCAGAGCCGACACUCCUCACGCUCCUCAGGCCGAGCCGCUGCUCACCAAAUCCAUCUCUGAAGUGGACAAACUGACCGAGCUGAUGUCAGGAACGCACAUUCAGAAAUCCACCGUAACCAAUGGCAACCAGGAGCUCAGCAACGGAGACUCAACUUCACUGAACGGUUCUUUUGAGUUGAGCUCUUCAAAGGACCGAAACGGGAACCAGCUGCAGGAACAAACCUUAAACGAGGCGGUCCGUCAGCGAUUGGUCAGUCUGAGCACGCAGCUGCACGCUCUGCAGGCUGCUGUGAUUCGUCAGGACUCCAUCCUGGAGCUGUGUUUCAGGACCGGCCCCGUCCUGCCCCCCCUCGGCACCCCCGGCCUCCCUGGGUCGGGGGUCCCCCGCAUCAGCCGCUCCAUGUCCCGGGACGCGGGGCUGGACGCCGGCGGAGAGGCGGUGCUGCUGCGGCGGCAGGUGGAGCUGCUCCAGGAGGAAGUGACACGGCUGCGUCUGAAGGGGGAGGGGCCAUCCAGAGAGGAGGGGGGGGAGCACGGGAGGAGGCGGAGCAACGGAGACGUCGGUGAUGUCAUCAAAGGAGAACAGGUGAGCAGGAGGCGGGGCAGCAGAGAGCUGGAGCUCCGCCCCCUCGCCCCAUUGGCCAGCCAGGAGAACGACGACCAAUUAGACGGCGUCCAGGAAGGAAACGAGGAGGAAGAGGAGGAAGUGGUGAAGAUCUCUCCUCGCUCUGACAGCCCCAGAGACCUGCAGGAUAUUCCCGAGGAGAGCGAGUGCGGCGGCGACCCCAGUUAACGUGAUGUCACCGUGAUGUCGCCGUGAUGUCACAGAGAGGACCAGGAAGCGCUCAGGCUUGUGUGUUUGGGAGACGAUGACAUCACUUCCUGUUGAUGUCUUAAGGAGGAAGAAGAAGAAUUUUUUUUAUUUUUUAAACCAAAUCAAAACGAUCACAGCUGCCGUAAAUACAGGAAGUUCAA